UGGCACCCUCUUCAGCCAUGCUGUCCCUUCCCGCCUGGAAGUGCCCCGAAUGGACACUCAACGCCAGCCUGGUGAACACCAGCUCUCCUGAAUUCGUUGAGGAAUGGCAGAAGAGGAUCCGAGAGCUGCAGGGCGCCAUCAUGGUCGCCUCCUGUGUCCAGAUGCUGGUGGGCUUCUCAGGCCUCAUCGGCUUUCUCCUGCGCUUCAUCGGCCCCCUGACCAUCGCCCCGACCAUCUCCCUGGUGGCCCUGCCCCUCUUUGACUCUGCAGGCAGCGACGCCGGGACCCACUGGGGCGUUUCUGCCUUGACCAGUUUCCUCAUUGUGUUGUUUUCUCAGUACCUGAGAAACGUGGCUGUGCCGGUGCCCGUCUACGGAAAGAAGUGUCACACCUCCAAGUUCUACUUGUUUCAGGUCUUCCCUGUGCUGCUGGCCCUGUGCCUCUGCUGGCUACUCUGCUUCCUGCUCACGGCCACCGACAGCCUCCCCUCGGCUCCCACUGCCUACGGCUACCUGGCUCGCACUGACACCAAGGGCAGCGUCCUGACCGAAGCCCCGUGGUUUCGCUUCCCUUACCCAGGACAGUGGGGCCUCCCCACCAUCAGCCUGGCGGGGGUCUUCGGGAUCAUCGCAGGAGUGAUCUCCUCCAUGGUGGAGUCGGUGGGCGAUUACUAUGCCUGUGCCCGGCUGGUGGGGGCCCCACCACCCCCGAAGCAUGCCGUCAACCGUGGCAUUGGCAUGGAGGGCCUCGGCUGCCUGCUGGCAGGGGCCUGGGGCACAGCAAACGGCACCACCUCCUACAGCGAAAACAUCGGGGCGCUGGGCAUCACCAGGGUGGGGAGCCGGAUGGUGAUGGUCGCCGCAGGCUGUGUGCUGCUCGUCUUGGGGGUUUUCGGGAAGAUCGGCGCUGCGUUCGCCACCAUCCCCCAGCCUGUGAUCGGAGGCAUGUUCCUGGUCAUGUUUGGCAUCAUCACCGCCGUGGGCAUCUCCAGUCUGCAGUACGCCGACAUGAACUCUCAACGAAACCUCUGCGUCUUUGGCUUCUCCGUCUUCUGCGGGCUCGCAGUUCCCAACUGGGUGAACCGGAACCCCGAGAUGCUCCAGACAGGCCUCCCCGAGCUGGACCAGGUCAUCCAGGUGCUGCUGACCACGGGCAUGUUUGUAGGCGGCUUCCUGGGCUUCCUCCUGGACAACACUAUCCCGGGAAGUCGAGAGGAGCGUGGCCUCCUGGCCUGGAGUCAGAUGCAGGAGGCGCCUGAGGAUACUGCGACGGCCACCGAGGUCUACGGGCUGCCAUGGGGCAUCGGCACCCAGCGCUGCGCGUGCUCCUGCGCGCGGGGCCUCCCGUGCUGGCCCGGGCAGGAAGGCGGCGGCAGAGGCGGGCUCGGACCCUGCUCCACCGCGCCGGCCGACACCCGGCUGUGA